CGAAGCCAACCGCAACUAUGUCCGGUCCUGGUCGAAGCACCACUCCUGGUCGGGUGACCUCUUCUCUCCCCAUCAGCUCCGUAAUCUUCUACGGCCUGGGCGCCGGUCUCGUUGGCGUCACCAUGAUGACCCUGGCCGAAAAGUCCGAACAACUCUUGACCUCUCGUCCCAACUCAUACGUGCCCGCGCGCACCCUCGAGCGGCUCAUCUCCGUGCGUGCCUCGACCGACACGCAGCUCUGGGGACUCAACAUGGCGAUGCACUACGGACAGGGAGCAGCGGCGGGCGUGAUUCGGGCGCUGAUGAGCUGGAACGGGAUCCGGGGCCCGUUUGCCGACCUGAUCUUUGUCGGGGUCCGCUUACUGAUUGACCAGACGCUGGAGAACUGGACGGGUGUGGGCGCGCCGCCAUGGACGUGGCCAGUCGACGAGCAAAUACUUGAUAUUCUGCACAAGACGGUGUUUGCGGUGACGACCGGGUGGGCGGUUGAUCGGUGGUUGGUUACAUGAGGAGGGGGUUGGAGGUGAAAAGAGAACGUGAGUAUGAACACGAAAACGAACAACAGAAAGAUGAUUCAAACCAAAAAGCAAGAGGCACCCGAGUCAAGCUAGGAAUUGGCAUGAUGGAAUAUGU